CGUCACAACAAGCGUCGAACGUUGCAACCAAAACAACGAAUUUCCGACGUUCUUUUUACAAACUUUGGUUUUAUUAUUUUUAAAAUUGUAUUUUUCAAUUAUUAUUUUUUUUUAUUACUUUUUAAAAUAUAAAAUAAUUAAAUUGCGAAAUAGAUUAUUAUAAUACCUAUUAUACAAAAUGACAAAUAAAAUGUGUUGUAGCUCGUGUAGUGUUGAGACCGGGUCGUUAGUGUUUGCUAUCUUUAGUUGUGUUUUAUUUUGCAUCGCAAGUCUCCUGGGCAUAGGAAUUACGUUGUACUCAGUAUAUGUCCACAUUUCGAGCGUGGUCCAUAGUCGCACAACAUUUUUUGGCCCUUUUGCGCCUUUUACUAUGAUACUGCUGACCACAUUGGCUAUAAUAACUUUCGUAUUCACAAGUAUCCUGUGGUGGGGAGUCCAUAAGAGGAAAGCCGAAUACGUGAAGAUAUACUUCGGGUAUGGAAUAGUGGUGCUGGUACUGUGUCUGGCGUCUUCAGUAAGUUUCAGCAUGUUCUUCUGGCAGGAUGAGGGAGAUGGCGGCGAGACAUUUUUUAGAAUAUCCAGUGUCGUUAUGAUAUUUGUGUCACUGUUAUUCUCUCUUGCCUUAGUCAUGAUCCGUGCCACAUAUAAGAAGUUUGAGCAACAAUCAACGCCAUAUAAUAAUCAAUACAGACACACGGAAUUACUCGACGAGAAAUGUUAAUUAAAAUCAUAUUAAUUCUCUUAAUAUAGUUUUCUAUUGACCUAUAAUCUAAGUCUCUGAAGCAUUUAUAUUAUAUUUUAUAUAUCUACUCAAAAACAAUAAAUACUUUUGUAUAAUAA